ACCCCGCCUCCCCACCCCCCGGAGCCCGGAAUUUGGUUCAAAUCUUUCUCAAUAUACCUGUUCACUUCUUUUUUUCUUUUUUCUUCAUCUGUUCACACCUUACAAAAUUUCUUGGGGGUCGAAUCUACCCCUGUUUAGGAUUCAUCACUGCCCACCUACUUCUGUUUCAAUCUUAAGAAGGAAUACAUUUUCCUACCAUGUCGUUCUUCGGGUUCGACACGUCUCUGCCGAGAGAUCGCGGUCAUCCAGCAAUGGCUCCUGGCUUCUCCCAGGCAAUCGAUCAUUUCGCUCCAUUGUCCAAUGUUGAUGAUGAUGAUGACGACGAUGGAAUUGAUUUCGAAGAUACCUAUGACGGUCUUGGUGAUAAGUUGGACGAAAAAGAUGAUGCCCUCAAUGAUGAGACUUUUGGUGCUCCAGAGGGAGCAAUAGGGAAGGACUUUGACUUUCACGGUGCAACCGCUCGUGUGGCAGACGCUAUGGAGGAGGAACAUGAGGUCUUUAACAGGUCAGCGAGGAAUCAGUCUGUCGCAAGAGUAGCAGCUGUUCCAACACCACUCACACGAGCCGAGCCUCCAACUCAUGUGCCUGUUCUUCGCCCUGAUAUGUCCUUAUGGGGAUCUGCGCCUUCUACCACACCUCAACCAGAGCACCAGUCAGAGCCCCAGCCAGAUCCUACGCCAGUGGCACCACCGGUUGGAAGGAAGAUAUUAAGCCUAGAAGAGGUUGAGGCCCAGAUUUUGGCCAAUAAUGAGCAAAGACAUCGAUCCCCGUUCCAGCAACCGCCGGCCCGGACUCAUCCAUUACCCACUCAACCUCAUCAUAUCUCCCCGAUGAUAGCUUCUCCGUUACAUCAAUAUCCACCCCCGCAACAUGAUUUGCAUCCUCUCCAGUCUCAACAAUUUCCCGCACGUAUACAAAGCAUGCUUCAGAGAAAUCAGACACCCCCUCAAGCUCAGCUUCACCAAGUUCCCGAGCAACAUCCUGGGGGUGUGCCGCUACAACCGCAGAGAAUACAGACAAUGGGGCAACCAUUACAUCCCUCACGGAAUCAGUAUGGGAUGACAAAUCAUGUCCCAACACCGCAGUUACAAAAAAUGACUGAGGUGGAGAAAGCUCGAUUUUUGGAGGAAGAGAGUAAGCGUUUGAAGAGAAAUCACAAGAUCGCCCAGUUGGCACGGUAUAACGGUUUAAUGACCCCCGCAGAUAAAAACUUUAUCACUCGCAUACAGCUCCAACAUCUGGUAUCUAUAAAUAAUGCUGAGGAUAAUGCCAAUGAGGACUUCUACUACAUUGUUCAUUCGGCAAUUCGGGCACGAACAAACCCUCAACAACCCCUUAAUCAAUUUGCACAAACCUAUCUUUUCCGUCAGAGUGCAAGAGGAAGGAAUAGGCAACAGGACAACCACCUACAGCGUAUGGAGCAACAAGUUCAGCGGGCUGUCGCUGCUGCAAAAGCUCGUCCAAAAGCUAGUCAAUUAGUACUAGAAGGUAGUCUGGGCAAAAUCUCUUUUAGUAAUGUUAAGACGCCGCGGCCUAUGCUCAACAUCAAGAAGUCUGACUCCCCUGGUGGAGAGCCUAUAAGAAGAACUCAACGUUCAACAUUUUCAAGCGCUGACAGAAAAUCUUUGCUCAGAGCCAUUGAGAAUGUUUAUGAUGCACUGCUAGAGCUAGAGGUUCAUGAACGUGAGAGGUCAAAGCUGCCAAUCCUGAUGCCAGAUCAGCAGCCCCAGCAAGCUCAUAUCGAAUGGGCGGCAAAGAGAGAUCAGCUUGUAGCAAAAUUGUGGAAAGAAACAAAAAUUAUGGAACCAAUUGACCCAACAUCGACUGCUACUCAUCCUUUUAUCGCGAUUCUUUCCUAUUCGAAAAUGAAGCGGGCCAUACAACGUAUAUUUCGACACCUAGAUCCAGAGCAGCGCGUGACUAUUCUCACUAUGAUUGUCGUGCAUCUGGAUAUCCUCGAUGUUGUGAAACACGGUGUAUACCUUCCAGAUGAAACCCAACUUCCCUCAGCGGUCCGUGAGGAGAUUGAAAUGUUCGCAGCGAGCGUUCUUCCACCCUUGCUAGGCUAUGUUUAUGAAGCACCUCUUUCAAUUGUUAUCGGGCUCUUAGGAAUACUCUUGGAACGUGUAGAUGUCGUGGCUGUGAGCAAGACCAAAAUUGGUCUUGCAUUUCUGACCAUGUUUUCUUCCAGAGCGGAAAUUGUCAAGCAAGCUGGAGGGGCACCGGAAAGCGAACUUCAGCAAUGGCAGAUGAUGUAUGACAGGCUCUUUGAUUCUCUUCAAGGCCAUUGGAUGGAAUGUUUCCCCCCUGGAAUGUUUGUCGAUGAUGUCUACGUCUGGCAAUUUUUAGCAAGCAUUGCAGUUGGAGCCAACAUGCCUCAACAGCAAGCACUAGUGAGUGCAGUAAAGGACCGAGUUAUGGAGAAUGUGAGGGCAAGUAAAACCUUACCGCCCGAACUUGGUGCACAGAAAAGUGCAAACGUGAAUCUCUUUAUGAGAGCUAUCGGGCUGGAUGUUGAAUUGCUUGGGUAGGUGUGUCGGGCGCUCUAUGGCCGCAAAUAAGUAUAAAUUUCUGGUGUGGGAUGGAAGGUCUGAUCUCUUACAAAAUGUUGUUGUCCGGUAAUUGCUUCCCUCAAAUAUAUCCGAAAGGAGGGUCUCCAUAAAAUAAAAGGCGGUCACUUCUGGGUAAA